AUGGAUAGCUCAAGCAUCAUAUCGGCCGAGGAUCUUCCUCCACAGCCAGGCCGCACACUGCUUCCCCCUCCAGUCGCUCAAGCCGUGAGCCUUGCAACACGCUCGACAUGUAUGGCUAUUCGUCUGAGCUCAAGGGUUGGCUCCUUCGGCCUCAGUGCUGCAAAAGUUACGACAUUGUCAUCUUUGGAGCUCGCUCGCAGUAUGGUCGAAACUGUUCUAGGGCAAGCGGGAAGGGAAACACUUUCGAGAUCCCAGAGCGACAUAUCUACUGCCGAAGCAGAAUCCAUCAUCGAGAGGAGCUUCGAGCAUCUACAUCAUGCUAUGUCCCAGGCCGUCUUUUGGACAAGUGCAGGCUUCAACCUCACGAGCACGACCUUCUCCAUGGCCUCGGGGAUUUCUCAAAUACUAUUAUCCUCACUCGAUCAGAUCUUUGGUUCAACUGAUUCUUCAAGAGCUAUAGCAGGCAUUAUCACACUCAUUCGACGAGAGUUUCAUGAUCCUGCAACAGGGCUUCAUGGUGAUACUAUUGGUGUGACAGACCUCGCUCUUGGACUAUGCGCUCUGGCGUACUUGCAAAGAUACUCUUGGAAAAUGGUCGAAGAGGAAAGACAACGUCAAGAGUGCGAGGAGAUCAUCUGGGAUGUUGUUGUUUUGAAUGAUGGUGAGCGGGUAGACAUUCAGGAUCGUAUCCCUCGAAGUUCUGUCUUUACGAGGUCAUCCAGCCCGACAAGUUCAUCGUCCAGAAACAAUAGCACCGACAAUUUACAAGCAGCAGUCAUUGGCAAUUCUCAAUCAACAUCAUUCGAAGAGGAGGAAUCAGUCAUCGACCAACUCAAAAAUGAAAUGGUCAAGAAACUUCCACAUGACACGUCUGUCUCUAUCUCCAAUGUGGUGUCAUCAACACAGACUGUCACCAUCGAUGUUGAUGGUCCUCACCCUUUCCCUUUGCCUCUGCUACCCGGCGCUGAGAUCGUUGAGACUACAGGAUUAGGAACUCAAGUGAGCAAACGCUCUAGCCAGAUUUUGAACGACUGCCCUGAAGCCUCGAGCUAUCGUAUUGUAUAUAGACUUGAGAGAUCGAGGACUGGAGAAACGUCUUUCCAAGGAGACACCACAGCCUCUAUCAUCGAUGUAUCGAAGGAGGACUCGGCCCCAGAGGUUCCAGCCAAAGAACCUCCCCCUCUUCCCAAGAGACCGGGCACGGCGGGUAUCAAAUCGCCUCCACCACAGCGCUCAAGGCCAGUACAGAGUACUAAUGAUCUGCCAUCCCGGGCAUCUCCGCAGGCCACAGCGAAACCUCGGAGCAGUGUGGCACGGGAUGAGAAGAGCAAGUUCACACGACGAAACUCCACCUCACCACCAUCUUCACCUCUAGAACCUCAGACCCCACAACGUGAAGCAAACCAGAAGAGACCACGAGCCCCCGUCACAUCAUCUCAUACCCGAAGCAAAUCAAAUGGUUUGCGUGAAAACCCUACACCUCCCAAAAAAGUCAUAUCUAAGAAGAAGUGGGAUUCUUCAACUACUCCCAGCCAGUCGAAUGAAAGAAAAACAGGCCUCAGACAAGUUCUUCGAGAAGGCAGUCAAUCGAUCUCCAACAUUUGGAGCAAGGAUUCGCCGCCGCCUGAAGGCAAACCAAGACCGCAAUCAAGAGUCUCAACCAUUGCGAAGCCUGCCAACAAACCCAUUCAUAGCCCGCGUUCUUCCACAGACCAGAAACGUAUCGAGAAGGCAGAGCUCAUCCCACGCAACUCUUCUCGUACAAGUUAUGUCUCUAUCCACGACCGUCAUCGAGACUCCAUGAUAUCUCAGACAGACAUGUAUUCUGUCCAUUCCGGAUAUGUGUCGCCAGCCCAUUCUUCUAGCGUUUCCUUGAGCGGCGGGUUGAUUGAUUCGCCUUGGGCUCAACAAGCUCAGAAUGACAGUCUUCUCGCACCUUCACAAAUAUCUGUCAGUCACCGCAGGGUUAUCCGAAGAAGCCCAAGUCUUUGGAGUUUGGCUUCCAAUGAUUCACAAUCGUCUGUGGUUCUCUCAUACUAUCACCAGAAGAGCGCCUAUACCGCUUCAGAUGCACUUGGGGGACUUCGACGUGAUGGCAUAGUAAAUGGAAUCUUCCCUCAAGGCCACGUGCUUAGCAACAUUACAAGGUACAUGCGGUUCUCAUCUGCGUCAUAUGGAUCAGCAUUUCUCAAGUUCAUGGGGAUCUCCAAAGAUAUGCCAUUGUUGAGAGCUUGGGAUAGCACCCAUACAGACGUCAGACAUUUUGUUCACCACACUGAGUCCGAUACGCACAGCAUUCUCCUUGCCUCCAUCGUUGAUCCCCAAGGAGGAACAGAUUCAAGUGGCUCAACAGGGACCGGUGUGCCUUUAGUGCACUACAUCUCCUUGGAUCAUGAUGCCAAAGCGGUUGUGCUUGCUUGUCGAGGAACCCUGGGUUUUGAGGAUGUCCUGGCUGAUAUGACCUGUGACUACGACACCUUGACUUGGCGUGGUCGAGGCCAUAAAGUACAUAAGGGCGUCCAUGCUUCAGCUCGCCGACUUCUAUAUGGUGGUGAUAGGCGUGUGUUGCUGACUCUCCGGGAGGCACUGCUCGAAUUUCCUGAUUACGGACUUGUUCUUUGUGGUCAUUCUCUGGGCGGUGCGGUCACGGCACUACUCGGGGUGAUGCUUUCUGAGCCGAAUCCAACUGGAACCGGUUUCGUAACAGCCAUUUGUGCUCCAGAAAUAACAGUCGGUGACGAUCAAUCUGACGGCCUUCGCCCUGUUCAUUCUUCUCUACCAUCAAGGCGGCCCAUUCAUGUUUAUGCAUAUGGGCCUCCCAGCACAAUGUCAGCUUCUCUUCGUAAGCGAACUCGUGGCCUCAUCACUACUGUCGUUCAUGGAAACGACAUUGUUCCUUACCUUUCAUUGGGAGUUUUACACGACUUUCAGGCCGUCGCGCUUGCUUUCAAGAACGAUCAGCAACAGGCCAAAGCGGAAAUCCGUCAGCGGAUAUGGCAAUCCUUCCAGACUGGUGUGGCAGACAAAUGGUAUGGUGGUUUGCCCUCGGUUCCUUCUGGAGAUACGUCCAAAUGGGGUCACUCAGUCCUGCAAGGUCUGAGGGCUGGCAUGACAAAUCGAAAACUUGUGCCUCCUGGGGAAGUAUUCACAAUAGAGACUCAACGAGUUUUGAGGCGCGAUGCAUUUUUGCUACCUGAAGAAGACCAUAUCGGCAGGCCGGCGCAAAGGAUUGUACUAAAAUACGUCAAGGAUGUCGAGGAGCGCUUCAAGGAGUUAAGGUUCGGCACAAGUAUGCUGAUUGACCAUAAUCCAGCCAGGUACGAAGAGGCUCUGAACAAGCUUCGGCUCGGGGUUGUAUGA